AUGACGGAAGUUUCAAAGUUGAAUAAAAAGGAUUUGAUUCCCCAAACAAGGCAAUGGACCACCCCAUUGCUAACAAGUAACCCUGUUUCAGCAUCCACCAAUUCAUCAAGAGUUUUACAGGUCGAGAGCAAAAUGAUUUCUUGCUGCUUGCGCUUGUUUCUUUUUCUUUCCCUAUCGAGUUUUGCUGUUGGAAGUGGACGACUCAAUGCAAAUUCCUACACCGUAGCAUCAAGGUUUUCAGAGUUUGAUCAUGUGGACAAUGUGCAUCCCAACGUGAAUGACACUGAGGGCAAAAGAUGGGCUAUUCUGAUUGCUGGUUCCCGUGGUUAUGGGAACUAUAGGCACCAGGCUGAUGUGUGCCAUGCAUAUCAAAUUUUGAAGAACGGUGGAUUGGAAGAUGACAACAUUGUUGUUUUCAUGUACGAUGAUAUUGCAUUCAGUGUAUACAAUCCAAGACCCGGUGUCAUCAUCAAUAAACCCAAUGGAGACGAUGUUUAUAAAGGAGUUCCCAAGGAUUACACAGGGCAAGAUGUCAACGUGAACAACUUCCUCGCUGUUAUUCUUGGGAACAAAUCUGGUCUUACCGGUGGAAGUGGAAAAGUUGUAGAAAGCGGUCCAAAUGAUCGUAUUUUCAUAUAUUAUACUGAUCACGGCAGCCCUGGAUUACUUGGAAUGCCAUCUGGUGAUGACCUUUCUGCCAAAGAUCUCAUAGAUGCGCUGAAGAAGAAGCAUGAAGCUAAAAGUUACAAAAGCAUGGUUUUGUAUGUUGAAGCAUGCGAGUCUGGAAGCAUGUUUCAAGGGAUUCUUCCAAACAAUUUAAGCAUAUAUGCAAUCACAGCAGCAAAUGCAAUGGAGAAUAGUUGGGGAACAUAUUGUCCUGAAGAUUAUCCGAGUUCCCCUCCAGAAUUUGAUACAUGUUUGGGAGACUUAUUCAGUAUUUCUUGGAUGGAGGACAGUGACAUUCAUGAUUUACGCAAUGAAACUCUGGAGCAGCAAUAUCAAGCGGUUAGGAGGAGGACAGCAGUGGAUAAUCUGGAUGUUAGUUCUCAUGUCACGCAAUAUGGAAAUGUGACACUUGAAAAGGAUGUUCUCUUCUCUUAUAUGGGUACCAAUCCAGCAAAUGAUAAUUUUACACCUACUGCUACUGCUCACCCCAUGAAUUCACCAAUGUCUUCAAAAGUUGUUAGCCAACGUGAUGCCAGCCUCCUUCAUUUCUGGCAUAAGUUUCUUAGAGCUCCUGAAGAAUCUGCAGAAAAGGCUGAAGCCCACAAAAGGUUGCUUGAUGAACUCUCCCAUAGGAAGCACAUUGAUCAAAGUAUAAAUCAGAUUAUAGCAAUUCUUUUUGGGCAUCAGAAUGUCUCAGAAAUGCUCAAGUCUGUUCAAUCUGCUGGACAACCUCUUGUUCAUGACUGGAAUUGCUUCAAAAUGCUUGUUAAUGCUUUCAAAAAUUACUGUGGAUCCGCAUCUAGGUACGACAUGAAGUAUAGUGGAGCUUUUGCUAAUAUGUGCAAUGCUGGGGUGGAUAUAAAGCAGGCUACUGCAACAAUAACUCAAGCUUGCUCCAUGCAUUCUCCUAGUUCAUGA